GAGACACAAACCCGUAAGUCAGCAAAUCGGCCUGUUGUUGUUUGGAGAGAGCGCUCAGAUCGGAUGUGUUCGAAAGAGUGAGACUCUCUGAACACCAAAUAGAAACCAACAAGAACAAGAAAGAAAACCCCUUUUCUCGUCUUCUCCAUCUUCGUUUGCAGUGCUCUGUCUGUAAGGGAAGAGCACAUCGUAGGUUUAAGAGUUCUUAGUUUUCACUCGUGAUGGCUCAAAAGCCCGAGGAGCUGUUGAAGGAGCUCGGAUCGAAGCUCGACCCACCUCCUUCGUCUAAAGAUUCAUUGCUCAAACUCUUUAAGGAAGCUGCUGUUCAUCUCUCUGAGUUGGAGCAGUCUCCACCAGCAGCAGUACUGAAGUCCAUCCAGCCUUUUCUUGAUGCUGUUAUUAAACCUGAAAUUCUCAGGCAUCAAGACAAGGAUGUCAAGCUUCUUGUUGCAAGCUGCGUUUCUGAGAUAACUCGUAUCACAGCACCUGAAGCGCCUUACAGUGAUGAUAUUAUGAGGGAUAUUUUUCAACUGAUUGUGAGUGCCUUUUCUGGGUUGGAUGAUGUCGGUGGACCAUCAUUUGGAAGGAGGGUUGUCAUCUUAGAAACGGUUGCAAAGUACAGGUCAUGUGUAGUGAUGUUGGAUCUGGAGUGCGAUGAUCUGGUGAAAGAAGUCUUUACUACAUUUCUUGAUGUUGCUAGAGAUGACCACCCGGAGGUUGUUCUCUCAUCAAUGCAAAGUAUAAUGAUUGUUCUCUUAGAAGAGAGUGAAGAUAUACAGGAGCAGCUGUUACUAAUCCUACUCUCUAAGUUCGGCAGAAAUAGAAGUGACGUUGGAGAUGCUGCUAGGAGACUUGCUAUGAAAGUCAUAGAGCAGUGUGCGCAAAAAGUUGAAUCUGACAUAAAGCAGUUCCUUAUCUCUUCAGUUUCUGGAGACAGCCGAUUUUCCAGCAGUCAAAUUGACUACCAUGAGGUUAUCUAUGAUUUGUACCGCUGUGCUCCGCAGACCCUAUCUGGAAUUGCACCAUAUCUCACUGGAGAGCUUUUGGCUGACAACUUGGACACUCGCUUGAAAGCGGUUGGAUUGGUUGGAGAGUUGUUUUCCUUGCCUGGACGUGUCAUAUCCGAAGAGUUCAGUUCAAUCUUUUUAGAGUUUCUGAAGAGGCUGACUGAUAGAGUUAUUGAAGUUAGAAUGGUCAUCCUUGACCAUAUUAAAAAUUGCUUGCUCUCUGAUCCUUCAAGAGCUGAGGCUUCUCAAAUUAUAUCUGCUCUUCGUGACCGGCUCCUGGAUUAUGAUGAAAAUAUCCGCAAACAAGUUGUUUCUGUUAUCUGUGAUGUGGCUGUGAGUGAACUGGCGUCGAUUCCAAUUGAUACCAUAAAGCUAGUCGCUGAACGGCUUCGAGACAAAGCUAUGCUCGUUAAAACAUACACAAUGGAAAGGUUGUCUGAACUGUUCCGGGUAUAUUGCCUACGGUGUACUGAAGGGAAGGCAGGCACUGGCGACUUUGAUUGGAUUCCUGGCAAAAUUUUGAGAUGUCUUUACGACAAAGAUUUCAGAUCAGAUACGAUUGAACAUAUUUUAUGCAGAUCACUGUUUCCAAGUGAUUUCUCUGUUAAAGAUAAAGUUAAGCAUUGGAUAGAAAUCUUUUCCGGGUUUGAAAGUGCGGAAACAAAAGCUUUUGAGAAAAUACUGGAGCAAAGACAAAGGGUGCAACAAGAAAUGCAAAAAUAUUUGUCAUUAAAGCAACAGAGUGCUGACUCUCCUGAGAUGCAGAAAAAGAUCCUAUUUGGAUUCAGAGUUAUGUCACGUGCAUUUUCUGAUCCCGCAAAGACCGAGCAGAACUUUUUGAUUCUUGAUCAACUGAAAGAUGCUAAUAUCUGGAAGAUUUUGAAUAAUCUGGUUGAUCCCAACACUAGCAUAAUGCAAGCGUCCAAGAUUCGGGAUGAUAUGCUAAAAAUACUUUCUGAAAAGCAUUCUCUCUAUGAAUUUCUCGGCACUCUCUCCAUAAAAUGUUCUUAUCUGCUAUUCAGCAAAGAAUAUGUGAAAGAGAUAUUAGCGGAAGUCUCUGCGAGAAAAGCUUCUAAAACUAGUUCAGGAAUUCAAUCUUGCAUGGACUUCUUAGGGCUUCUCGCAAGUUUCUGCCCAUCACUGUUUGACGGGGCUGAAGAAGAACUGAUAGGUUUCCUUAAAGAUGAUGAUGAAAUUAUAAAGGAAGGUACUCUAAAAAUUCUGGCAAAGGCAGGUGGUACUAUUCGGGAGAAUCUCAUUGUUUCAGCGAGUUCUGUGGACCUGUUACUCGAGAGGAUGUGUGUAGAAGGUAAUCGGAAGAAGGCUAAGUAUGCUGUGCAUGCACUAGCAUCAAUUACAAAGGAUGAUGGCUUGAAGUCGCUCUCUGUUCUAUACAAGGGUCUUGUGGACAUGCUGGAUGACAAGAGACAUCAGCCAGCCGUUCUUCAGAGUCUUGGAUGCAUAGCUCAGAUUGCGAUGCCGGUCUUUGAGACUAGAGAAACCGAAGUCGUUGAGUUUAUUAGAGACAAGAUCCUCAAAAGCGAAAGUAUAGCUGCAGACGAAGAUAAGUUAUCCUGGGAUGACAAAAGUGAGAUGUGUCAACUUAAGAUUUAUGGGAUCAAGACGUUGGUUAAGAGUUACUUGCCUUUCAACGAUGCUCACCUACGUACUGGUGUUGAUGACCUUCUUGAAUUACUAAAAAACAUUCUUUCCUUUGGGGAAGUAUCUGAAGAUAUAGAAUCAAGUUCUGUUGACAAGGCCCAUUUGAAACUUGCUGCUGCAAAGGCAGUCCUUCGCCUUUCUAGGCACUGGGACGAUAAAAUCCCGGUUGAUAUCUUCCACUUAACACUAAAUACCCCUGAGAUAUCAUUUCCUAUGGCUAAGAAAAUAUUUCUAGGGAAAGUUCACCAGUAUAUAAAGGAUCGGGUUUUGGAGACAAAGUAUGCAUGUUCAUUCUUAUUUGAUAUCACUGGAUCAAAUGUUCUUGUAUCAGAGGAGGAAAAGCAGAACCUAGCUGAUAUAAUACAACAUUCUUACCAAACAAAAGUGAGGAAAGUCUCUGCGCAGACUGAUGCAAAUUCAGUUUCUCCCUACCCUCAGCAUAUCCUUCCUUAUCUAGUUCACGCACUUGCACAUCUUUCUUGUCCUGACGUCGAGAAAUCCAAGGAUGUGGAGGAAUAUGAACUGAUUUAUCGACAAUUACACUUGAUCAUUUCAAUGUUACUCCAUAAAGAGGAAGAUGGGAAGGCUGAAGAUAGGGACAAGGAACAUGAGUGCGUUCCCACCAUUAUCUCCAUCUUUCGUAGUAUAAAACAGUCAGAAGAUGUCACUGAUGCAUCAAAGUCAAAGAACUCACAUGCCAUCUGCGAGCUUGGGCUGUCAAUAAUUAAACAUUUAACUCAGAAAGAGCUCGAUCUACAAGGGGAAUUCACGCCAGUAUCACUGCCUCCAACGCUGUAUAAACCUUGUGAAAAAAAUGAAGGUGACAAGUCUCAGGUUGGUGAAGAGCAAUUGUGGCUAGCUGAUGAAACCGUCUUGGCACACUUCAGUUCUCUUAUGUUGGAGAGUCAUGCUGAUAUAUCUGAGAUACCCCCAACGACAGAGAUUGAGGUUAUGGAUAAUGAAGAUAGUGAUGGGAAUGAACUUCCUCUGGGUAAAAUUGUAGAGCGUUUGAGAGCUCAGAGCAGAAAGGGGAAAAAGAACAAAUCUGUUCCAGCUGAGGAUGAUGAGAAUGGUAAAAAGGAGGAUGUGGAUGUUUUGAAAAUGGUGAGGGAGAUAAAUCUGGAUCACUUAAAGCUGGAUAAAUUUGAAUCCAGUAAUGGACAUACACAUUCCCCUGUCGAGAAAGCGGACACAUCUCAUAGUGAUCAGAAGGCUAACAAAAGGAGUGCUGGUAAUGCAACGUCAGUAGUUUCAGUCCCUAAACGCCGAAGAUCAUCUUCGGGACAUAGUCCUUUCAAGUUCUCAAGUAGUGAUCCACUGAAAGCUUCUAAAAAAGAGUUGCUUGAAGAGAGAGACAUGGACGCAAAUAUCUCCUCGGACUCGGACAAGGGAAAAAGCAGAUCUUCCCGAAAAAGAAAGAAAAGCUUCUCAGCAAAAUUAAAGAACUCAGAAUCUGACCCGGAAAAUCAAAGCGAAGAUGGCAACUGCAGUGAGAAGAGUAAGUCAGCAGAAAAUGGUGACAAAUUGAAGUCUGCUUCUGGAUCAAUAAAGCGGAAAAGAAAGAGCAUCGCAGGACCGACUAAGUGCUCCACAGCAGAAAAGAAAAUGGUUACUGAUGAACUCAUCGGUUGCAGAAUAGAUGUUUGGUGGCCUAUGGAUAAACGGUUUUAUGAAGGCACAGUGAAAUCAUAUGAUUCCACGAAAAAGAAACAUGUGAUACUUUAUGAGGAUGGAGAUGUCGAAGUACUUCGCCUAGAUAAAGAACAUUGGGAGCUCAUAGAGACGAAGCCCGCUAAGAAGUCCAGUGCAUCAAAGCGAAGUUCUAAUAAAAAAGGAUCUUCGGAGAGUAAGCGUAAGAGUAGAUCUGGCUUACAAAGGAAGGAAGACCCAAUUCCUACUACGCCAAAAGGGAAAAGAACUCCAAAGAAAAACAUAAAACGCAAGGACCCGGAAGGCACAGCAAAUAGUCUCUCAUUAGAAGAUGAGAAACCAAAGCUGAGAACCAAGAAAAACCGAGCUUCUGGAGUCGUGGAAGUUGCUGAAAAAGCAAGUGAAGAGAAAAUGGAAUCAUCCACAGAGCAGAUGGGAGAGGACCCGAAAUAUGGUGGGGAGGCCGACGAAGAGAAAUCAGAAUCCGAAGGAAAGUCACGGAAAGAAGGCGAGGAUGAUGAGGAAGCUGAGUUCAAGGAGGCAAACGCAGAGUCGAGUGGGGACUCUGAGGAGAAAGAAACUGCUGUUGAGAACUCAGAUUCUGAGGGGAAACAAGAGGAGAUAGAAGCUGAGGAAGAUGCCGUUGAUGCUGAGGCUUCUGACAAUGAGACUCUGGGAGCGUGGAAAAGUAAAGUGGCCAAGUCAAGCUCGAGAAAAUCAGCAUAGGUGCUGAACGCCAUAAUGUAGAAUAAACACACCAAAGAAGUUGCCGUGUUUGGCCUCAACUAGUAUUGGUGUGUAUUAUCUGUGGUAAAAAAAAGAUGCGAGAUUCAUAGAGUUUAGUGAUACAUAGUUGUUCUAACCACCAUGAUGGAAUGGAUAAUAGGCAACAAGAAGCUCCUCCAUAUGCUUAUUUGCUCAUGUAUUGUAGUUCUCUCUGUGUGUGUUUUAGUUUGUAGGACUGUUUCAUGAUUUUCUUAUGUAAUAGUUUGACAGCUUCUAUUCCCAAACGAUUACUCAAUACUUUGCCACUUUCUUCUACGCUUCUUGUAUGCACAUUAUUGUUGGUCAUAGAUGAUCUUUUAUGCU